UAAUCGCUUUAUUAAAAAUUAGAUUCACAUCUUAACAGUUUGAGAAACUGAAUGAAGUCAUCAGUUCAUUUGUAUAUUUCCUGGGAUAAAGAAGGUGGAAUGAGGAAACCGUGUAGCUACAGCAAAAAGGUACUUCAAACCAAAUCUGCACGGAUUUCAUGUGUUUGCUAGUGUGAUCCAUGCAAUCCCACAAAGCUGGAUUAACAUAUUCUUCAAAAUAUGGCAGUAUCAAGUGGCUGUUUAUUUUAGGCACAUAAAACAUAUGAAUUUCUUUAUGUGCUGGGACCUACAAUGGGACUCUUGGACACUGUGAGCACCGCAAAAAGAGGAGAAAUGAAGAUUUCUUCCCUUUUUUGUCGUAUGGUGAUCAAUUAUGAAUGUAUCCCUACUCAAAACUGGAAAUACUUUUUACAUUGUAUAUCAAUUUGUGAUCUUUGAAGUUCUUCCACAUAGAUCAAUCCAUUUGCUAUGUGCUUUCAAUGUGUAUGUUUGUAUGUAUAUAUAUGCAUCUGUACACACACAAAUGAAGUAAUAUCAUAAAGCAUAUUUUGUUUUCUGUCUGUGCAAGUGAUAUUCUCUAUCAACAAUGAAUUCACUCCUAUAUCUUCAUAGCCUAAGUUGGAAAUCCAUUAAUUACACAGAAUAUUAAAUAUUUAUUUCGGAUUUGGGUGUAUAAAAACCAUAACCAACCUCUGGUACCCUUUUCAUUUUUCUUUACUUUCUUUUCUUCUGAGUGACAAAUGAGUUUUUUCUUUCGUAUGAGCUUCUAGAAAUCAUUCCUGUCUCCUGAGUGCCGCUUUCAACAGUAACUAAAAGUCAUGUAAUUUUAUUCAAGUUGAUUCUCUGAUCUAGACUCCAGCUUCUUCUCUUGAUGAACGAAAGGCUUUCAGUCCGCCUGUUUAUGCCUCCCCACAGUAACAUUCAAAGGGUCCUUCUCCAAGAAGCUGAAGUGAAGCAGGAAUAUUUACUGGUUCAUUUCUAUGUCUUCACCAGCAGGGGGCACCCCUGGGAUUUGCAGGGGCCCUUUUCUGAAGGGUACUUCCAGACUGUAUAGAAAUGCUGGAAGAGGAGAGACCCAAUUACAUACCCAUCAAGUGCCUUUAAAAAAAAAAAAAAAAAAAAAAAUCAGUGUUUUGGCACACAAUAUUCCCUUGCAGCGUUUUCUGAUUGAAACACUAGCUAACUGCAUACUGUAACCAAUCCUAAAUGGAAAGUUCACUUUAAGAGACUUUGUGAUUAAUGGUGUUGCCCUGCUGCUGGUGAGAGAAUGCUAAGCAACUGGCAGCAUUUGUAAAUUUCCCCCUUUCUCUAAUGUUUAAUUUGGGCCUCUCUCUCUUCCUCUAGGCCAGUGGCUCUCAAUCUUGGCUGCCCCUUAAAAUCACAUGGAAAGCUUUAAAAAUGACUGAUGCCUUAAACGUUUUACUGUGUAUACAUGUAUCAAAACAUCACAUGAUACUCCACUAAUCUGCAUAUUUUUAUGUUUUUAUGUAUCAGUUCAAAAUAAAUUUAAUUUAAAUUUUUUAAAAAAUUGAUUACCAAUGGCUAGGUCCCAUCCUGGUCAUCUGUAUUAGUUUGUCAGGGCUGCCGUGACAAUACGGAACAGCCUGGCAGGCUUCAACAACAGAAACUUAUUUUGUCGUCGUUCUGAAGGCUUCAAGUCCAAGAUCAAGGUGUUGGUGAGUUUGGGCUGGCAAGGUGACACACCAGGGAUGAACCUUUAACGCAUGAAUCCUGGAGGUGGAAGACACAAUCCUGCUCCUGAUACCCAGCAAAGAUCACUUAAUUGAUCUGGGGUACUGCACGGGCACUGGGGUUUGUAAGACUUUCUAAUGAUUUUAACUGGCAGCAAAGGUCCAGGAUCACUGCUAUAGGUUUUCUUCAAAGUCACUUCUAUUCUAGGACUUCAAACCAGAUGCCAUAUGAUUGUAGUCAUUUUCUCGAUCACUGUGAAAAAAUUAAGUGUUCAGCUAAAAAUUGAAAGUCCGACUAUUAUCUGAAUGUUUGUGCUCAUCUAAGAAAAUGCUCAGGCCUAUUCUUCCUUCCUAUAAUAGUUGUAUAAUACUUUAUACAACAAGCUCACUCUGGAGCUUUCAUUUGCCCCAUGGAUAAUAUACUCCUGUUUGGGCAUAGGCUCCUUCUGCAGGAUAUCCUUUUUAUCAAAAAUGGUGGAAAUUACCAACAUUCUACUGCUUUUGACUUUCAAAAAAAUGUCAGUUUCAUAUGACUCAGCCUAAUAUAUGUAUUUUUCCUGAUAUAGCUACAAAUAACAUGUGCUUACAUCAUAAGUACCAUAAGGUACAAAGGGAUUAUCUUAAAUUUAUAGAUGAGGAAACUGAGGAUAAAUGACUUUCCAAGAUUAUGGGUCCAUGAAGUGGCCCAUCAGGGACUGGAACCUGUCUUCCCAGUGCCCAUCUUGCUUCUCAGCUUCAUUACUUAAUUUGGAAAGAAAAAAAAAAGUGAACUCAAAAUCACAUGGGGAGGCAAAGGACUGAGAGGAACUGGUUUUGCUGGUAGAAUCUGCUGUCCUUUUCCCAAACCUAAGGGGAAGGGGAGAAAUAAAGAGAAGCAUUGUGAUCAAAGCUUACUACCUGCUUUUGCAAUCCUCCUCUUCCUAUGAGCCCAACCUGUUAUUUUCUCUUUCGCUAAAUGUGCAAAGGUUGAGGGCUUUUUCAGAUGACCUCAUUUGCUGGUUCCAGUCUGCAGCAGGAGAGGAUGUACAAGAUGCACCGUGGCCACGAGUCCAUGCACGUGGAGAUGAUCUUGAUCUUCCUCUGCACCCUGGUUGUCGCCCAGGUAGUGCUGGUGCAGUGGAGACAGAGGCACGGCCGGUCCUACAACGAUGAUGAGUCUGAGAUGCACAAACUCGAACGACUCUUCCCACAUCCGGGCAGGUGUCAUUUACCAGUCGUGGGACUCUUCACUGCCAAACCAGGAUCCAGAUUCAGAAUCCUCCACAGAGUGCUGCAGCUGGCAACCUUGCUGCAGAUGUGGGUCGUCCCUUUGUAUUUCACGAUAAAGCUUUACUGGUGGCGGUUUCUAUCCAUGUGGGGAAUGUUCUCGGUGAUCACCAGUUACAUCCUCUUCAGAGCUACCCGAAAACCCCUCUCGGGGAGAACACCGCGAUUGGUCUACAAAUGGUUCCUCCUAAUCUAUAAGCUCAGCUAUGCAUUUGGCGUUGUGGGUUACUUGGCUAUCAUGUUUACAAUGUGUGGAUUCAACUUAAUUUUCAAAAUCAAGGCUAGAGAUUCCAUGGAUUUUGGCAUUGUGUCCUUGUUCUAUGGCCUCUACUAUGGGGUAAUGGGGAGAGACUUUGCGGAGAUCUGCUCAGAUUACAUGGCUUCUACUAUAGGGUUCUACAGCGUCAGCGGGAUGCCCACAAGGAGCUUGGCUGACGACAUCUGUGCCGUCUGUGGACAGAGGAUCAUCGUGGAGCUGGAUGAAGAGGGGCUCAUUGAAAACACCUACCAGCUGUCGUGUAAUCACGUCUUUCACGAAUUCUGCAUCCGAGGUUGGUGUAUUGUUGGUAAGAAGCAGACCUGCCCUUACUGCAAAGAGAAGGUUGAUUUGAAGAGGAUGAUCAGUAACCCCUGGGAACGCACCCAUUUUUUGUAUGGGCAAAUCCUGGAUUGGCUUCGAUAUCUGGUGGCCUGGCAACCUGUGGUAAUAGGAGUCGUUCAAGGCAUUAACUAUUCACUGGGGCUGGAAUAGCACAGCAGACUUACUCCAGCAGCAAUGUAUUGCAUGGCUGAAAUGUUUUUAAAUCCUUCGUUCUAUAUUUAAUAUUUAUAUUCCUUUUUCAUUUUAGAGAUGAUCUCCAGAGUUCAGAAAACUAAAUAAAAUUUGGUAUCACACUUAAAGCAAUUUAUCUUUGUGCAAAGAAUUAAAGAGAAGCUAAAUGGUGGAAUAAACAAAUAAAGUAUGCUCUCACAUCU